CGCGCUCCUCCCUAACGGUCGCCACCGCCCACUUCUGGUUUCGUCGCACACCCGCCUUUCACCAUCCGCCAUUCUUGUCACCUCAGCCGCUACCCUCGCUACCGCACCGAGUUCGCCCGUGUGCUCGCCCGCACCCGCGCUGCCCGCCAUGGCCACCGCCCAGCCGUCGCAGGUCCGCCAGAAAUACGACACCAACUGCGAGGCCGCCAUCAACAGCCACAUCAGGCUGGAGCUCUACACCUCCUACCUGUACCUGUCCAUGGCUUUCUACUUCAACCGGGACGACGUGGCCCUGGAGAACUUCUUCCGCUACUUCCUGCGCCUGUCGGACGACAAGAUGGAGCAUGCCCAGAAGCUUAUGAAGCUUCAGAACCUGCGCGGUGGCCGCAUCCGCCUUCACGAUAUCAGGAAGCCAGAGCGCCAAGGCUGGGAGAGCGGGCUAGUGGCUAUGGAGUCCGCCUUCCACCUGGAGAAGAACGUCAACCAGAGCCUGCUGGAGCUGUACCAGCUGGCCGUGGAGAAGGGCGACCCCCAGCUGUGCCACUUCCUGGAGAGCCACUACCUGCACGAGCAAGUCAAGACCAUCAAAGAGCUGGGUGGCUACGUGAGCAACCUGCGCAAGAUGUGUUCCCCGGAAGCCGGCCUGGCUGAGUACCUGUUCGACAAGCUCACCUUGGGCGGCCGCGUCAAAGAGACCUGAGCCCAGAUUGGCCCCACAGCCACGGGGUCCCUUCCCUGGGUCGGGCCACCAGGCGGGGCGUGCAUGUUACCCUUUCAGAACGUUCUCUUCAGUUUUAUCUUUCAGUUUUACCGUUGUUAGCAAUAAAGUUAUCUGGUUCUCAAAGCAAUAAAGGUGUCCA